ACUGUUUUCUGUUUUCUCUCCUCCACCUCGAUUCUCACAGAAGCACAACCGAUUGGUCAGAAUGGAGCUGGAACAUUUUGAUGAACGGGACAAAGCUCUAAGGUCCUCGAGGGCGUCCCGGGCCAACGGGCUGCCGAGCCCCACGCACAGCGCCCACUGCAGCCUGUACCGCACCCGCACCCUGCAGGCCCUCAGCACCGAGAAGAAGGCCAAGAAGGUGCGGUUCUACCGUAACGGAGACCGCUACUUUAAAGGCAUCGUCUACGCCAUCUCCCAGGACCGGUUCAGAUCAUUCGACGCCCUGCUGGCCGACCUCACCCGCUCCCUGUCCGACAACGUCAACCUCCCGCAGGGGGUCCGCACCCUCUACUCCAUCGACGGGGUCUCCAAGAUCACCAGCAUGGAGCAGCUGGAGGAAGGUGAGAGCUAUGUGUGUGGAUCAAUAGAGCCCUAUAAGAAGCUGGACUACACCAAGAACGUCAAUCCCAACUGGUCGGUGAAGACCACCGCGUCCUCCCGAGCUCCGUCCUCGCUUGCCAGCACCAAGGCAUGCUCUCUGGAUGCCAAGGAGAGCAAGGACUUCAUCCGGCCCAAGCUGGUGACCAUCAUCCGCAGCGGGGUUAAGCCUCGUAAAGCUGUGCGGAUCCUCCUCAAUAAGAAGACGGCCCACACCUUCGAGCAGGUCCUGAGUGACAUCACUGACGCCAUCAAGCUGGACACGGGAGCGGUCAAGCGGCUCUACACGGUGGACGGCAAACUGAUCUCCUGCCUACAGGACUUCUUUGGUGAGGAUGAUAUAUUUAUCGCAUGUGGACCAGAAAAGUUCCGCUACCAAGAUGACUUCCUAUUGGACGAGAGUGAAUGCAGGGUGGUGAAAUCACAGUCAUACGGUCGCAUUUCAUCGAUGCAGGGUCACUGCUCUCCUCGGGGUGGAGGUGCAUCACGCAGAAGCAAAUCUCCCGCCUCCAACAGUUCAGCAAAUGGAACAGCAGGAAGUCAGCUGUCCACCCCUCGAUCAGGAAAGUCCCCGAGCCCGUCUCCCACCAGCCCCGCCAGCCUCAGGAGACGACGGAGCUCUCAGCACAGUGGCUCCUCUCUUUCUCUGGCCUCCACUAAAGUCUGCAGCUCUAUGGAUGAGGGUGAUGGUCCCGGGAGUGAGGCUGAAGCGAUGGAGGAGGGUCCUCAGGUUCCUGCCUCUAUAGCCGAGCGCUACAGGGUGGGGAGGAUGAUCGGGGACGGGAACUUCGCUGUGGUGAGAGAGUGUGUGGAGAGAUCCACCGGCCGGGAGUACGCCCUCAAAAUCAUCAACAAGGGCAAAUGCAGAGGCAAGGAGCACAUGAUCCAGAACGAGGUCUCCAUUUUGAGGAGAGUGAAGCACCCCAAUGUCGUCCUGCUGAUUGAGGAGAUGGACACCUACAGUGAGCUCUACCUGGUCAUGGAGCUGGUCAAGGGAGGUGAUCUCUUUGAUGCCAUCACAUCCACCAAUAAAUACACAGAGAGAGAUGCCAGCGGCAUGCUGUACAACCUGGCCAGCGCCAUUAAAUACCUGCACAGUCUGAACAUCGUGCACCGGGACAUCAAACCAGAGAACCUACUGGUGUAUGAACACCAGGAUGGCAGUAAAUCUCUGAAGCUGGGGGAUUUUGGCUUGGCCACGGUGGCGGAUGGUCCUCUGUACACUGUGUGCGGUACACCGACAUACGUCGCUCCUGAGAUUAUCACAGAGUCUGGAUAUGGCCUUAAAGUUGAUAUCUGGGCAGCCGGGGUCAUCACCUACAUUCUGCUGUGUGGUUUUCCUCCUUUCCGUGGGAGCACAGAAGAUCAGGAGGCGUUGUUUGACCAGAUUUUAAUGGGACAGCUGGAUUUCCCUCUUCCAUACUGGGACAACGUCUCAGACUCUGCAAAGGAGCUCAUUACCUGUAUGCUGCAGGUGGAGGUUAAUCAGAGAUACACAGCUCUACAAGUACUGGACCAUCCGUGGGUCAACGAUGAUGGGAUGCUGGAGAAUGAGCACCAGCUCUCUGUGGCCGGAAAGAUUAAGAAGCACUUUAACACAGGCCCAAAGUUCAGCAGCACAGCCGCCGGAGUCUCUGUUAUUACAACCACCGCUCUUGAUAAGGAGAGGCAGGUUCUCAGACGAAGACGCCACCAGGAUGUGAGAUCGACUCUUUCCGUUCGUUCUCCACACGGAGUUCUCCAGUCCAACCUCUCCGCCGGAGCCGCCGCCCCCAGCCUCUCCCCCGCAGAGUUCACCUCCGAGUCCGAGGACUACUCGCCCAGCUCCGCAGAGACCGUACGCUCCCCCAACUCUCCCUUCUAACACCCCCCAGCCCUCAGACCCCAACACGGAGGAGUGGAGAGGAGGUUAAACUGGACUGGUAUGAUGAUGAUGAUGAUCUGGGACUGAGUGCUCUACAGAGCUCUGCACAAAACUGCAUGUUUUUAAUCUGUUUUAUUUAAAAGAUAAAAAAGAAGAAGAAAAGCACAUCCAUAAAACCCAAAAAACCAUAAUACCCAAAAGUCAGUUCUCAGUUUGAGGUUUAGGCUCCGUCCACAUGAAUCCGGAUAGUUUUAAAAACUAGGUAAAUAUCAGCUAGCGGUUUGUCCCAUGUAAGUUGUUUUAACAUGGUAAACAUGCAGGCUACAGUCUGAUAUACUCACCUCUAAACUGUGAAAGAGCUAGCGCUUAGCGCUGUGGUUAGCAGCUAAUGCUAAUGCUAUUGCUGCUCCAGUCUGGGUGCUGGAGAAAUGUCACUUAAUAAAAAAGAAGCACAGGUAAUUUCCAAAAGCACACUGAAUAAAUCCUUCUUAAUUCAUCUAUAGGUAAAUAAAUAAUACAAUUUCUGCCCAUAAUUAAAGCACAAAGUUUCAUUUACAUAAUGAAACGAAAGUAGGAUUUUCCUUUAUUUAGUUAGAAAGGUGUAAACUGAGGCCACUUUUGAUUAUAUAGCAGAUCACAAACAAAUUAUCUGUAAUAGACGUCUAAAAUCCAGAGUUAUUUGGAGUUUAUUCAUGUUCAUAUUCUUAAAUCCUAGUCUACUUCUUCAAAAAAAAGCAUCAAAACUACCCUGAGAUAUUAUAAUACAGUAAAUAAAGGAUCUACACUGCCAGGUGUAAAACCAAACUAAACCAUUAUUACUGUCCCCUUUCCAAAAAUACAGUUCAGUACCAGCAUUUAAAAAAGUUUAAUCAUGAUUUAUUCACAGAAUAUUGUUGUGAUUUAAUUCUAUAUUUUUAAGGGUUCUGAUUCUUUUAAUCACAUUUACAAACCCACUAUCCAAUGCUUAGUCCUAAGAAAGAAAAAAAUGUGAUUAAUCAUGAUUAAUCCCAUAAUCCUCUUGUGAUGAAUUUGAUUUUUUUUGUUUAAUCAAUUGACAACACAACUAAUAUAUUUGCUUAGGAAGACCCACAGGGGCACGAUUGUCUUGAUUUACAAACCCACUAUUUUUAUUAAUUUUUUCAUCACAAAAAAGAAAAAUAGCUUAAAACCAUAAAUUAUAAACCUUAUACGGACAUGAUUGAACUACAAAAUAGCACUUUAGACUUCAGACGUCUAUUAUAUUUGAAUUUUUCUCUAGCGCCCACUUGUGGCUGUGAUGGGUAGUGCAGAGAUGAAAUCCUUCUCCAGCAUUUUAUUUAAAAAAUUAACCCUCAACAACCAGACCUUUCUCCUUCUGAUAGAGAAAAUCUGCUAAACCUUAAGAUCAGAAUCUUCCACUGAAGUGAUGAAACCUCAAUAGGUAUUAUAUGAUAUAUAUUUCUUUUGUACAAAGAUGUUUCUACAUUUAUUCAGUUUUCUUUUUAUAUUUAUUAAUAUUAUUAUUAUUAUUAUUACUCCAGUGUUAUUUAUUUACUUAUUUCCUCAGAUUCACGCAUUUACACACAGUUAAGAUCUUAUUAUUAAUUUUAAUCUGUUUUUAAGUGUGACUCUAGAAGGUUAAAUCAGCCUGUGACGUGUAGAACCUACAGAAAGUGUGUUUUUAGUAGAUCCUGCUCCAGGAAUCGGUUGAAUAACUUUAACUCCUAACUGAACUUGAGUCUUUUUUAUUGACAGGUGCUGUUUUAAAUAUACUAGAAAUGAAAUUAGGUGUAUAUGGAGCGUCUGUUGAUGAUCUGUCGAUCACGCCAAGCUUGCUGCUAUUAAUGUUCUGUUAAUCUGUUCGGCACAAUAAUGUAGUUCACUGUAAAAUUAGAGUUUUAAAGAACAUUAUGGAGAAAUGGGAGAGAUGAGCAGCUGCUGAUUUGCUUCUUACACCAUUAAUUAAUCACGUCUCUGUUUCGCUCGAUCGUAAAGAAGGAAAAACACCAAGAUUAUGUGCAUUUAAAGGGUCUUUUUAAGAUAAUCUUCUUCUGGUGACUGUGAUUGUAUUGUUUGGGCUGAAGAUUGAGAUUUUAGUUUCUGGAAGAUGAAUCAGUUCUGACCUGUGAAACAUUGAAAUUCUGAAAAUGUUGAAUCUGAAUUGAAUCUGAAUGGAGGUUUUAGCAUUUGCAGUAGUUUUUUUUUUUUUAUAAUUAUAAACAGUGGCCUAAAAAUUAGAAGCAGAGAAAAGCACAAAAAUAAAAUGCUAAAAGUAUAAAAUACUAAAAACUGGACGCUAUUGGUUUAAAGGAAGGCUGCUUAAAACCUCAAAUCAGAAAGAUUUGGGAUAAUAAUAGAGUUUUUUUUACAUAAACUUUAGCUUUUAUUCCAUUACAGACAGUGUGAACCCAAGAUAUUUCACGUUUUAUCUAAAGUUUUAUCUAAAGUUCUAAAAAAAAGGUUUGUGAAAGUAAAGAAUCACUUUAUCACUUUGUAAUGUUUUUUUUGUAAUCUUAAGAUAUCUAACAAUACUUCCAUAAUUGAGCUUUUACUCCCUUCUGCAGCUGCAAUAUUUAUUAUACAGCUCUGGAUAAAAAAAAAAUAUAUAUUACUUUAAAAUGAUGAGUUUCUUUGAUUUUACCAAAUUGAAAGAUCCAAAGUGUUGAAGUGAAAUUAAGAGUGUAGUAAACGUGAACAAUUAAAUUAAGUAAAUAAUUUUUGAAAGCGAUAAGAUGGAGAAAAAAAAAAACACUAAAACAAGACUGCUGCAAUCACUAAAACCACAUUUUUGGGACAGAUACACUGUUUUUUAUAAUGACGACAAUGGUUUGAACAGUGCAUCAUCUUGAUAUUGAAUGUUUUAAUUAAUAUAAGCUUUUAUUCUUGAAUGUGAACAAUUUGUUCUAUUCAUCUCCUAUUUGUUUCCUUUCACCUACUUAAACAUAUAAGGGUUAUUUUAUUUAUUCAUUUAUUAUUUUAAGCCAUCCACUGUAUAGUUCUUAUAUUGAAUUUAUACUGAAAAUUUCCUAUCUUGUUUAUCACUGGUUUUUAAUCUCUGCUAACUCUGUUAAAUCCAUGUACACACCUUCCAGACAGAAGUAUGCAUCCACUAAUCUACUAUAUGCUUUUAUACGCUAGCAUUAUCUACUGCAGAAGUCCUAAAUCCUGGUCCUGGCACCUCCAGUCCUGCAAAUAUAUUCCUUUUUCCCGUCUUGUUUAAUUCAUAAACUCAUUAACAUCCAUUUCAGAGCUGCAGUGGGUGAGUUUAAUGCAGGCAAACCUCUACAACUAUACUCUACAAUUAUAAACCAUAGUUUAUUUCAUGAUCCAUAAUUUAAAAAUGGGCCUCUAUCCUUAAAAAGGCAUCAGAGACAUGAUGAACUGAUGAACUGAUAAACUGAUGAACUGAUGAACUGAUGAACUGAUGAACCGAUGAACUGAUGAACUGAUGAACUGAUGAGCAGCACAACAGAAACGUGGAGUGUGGAGAAGAGUGUUACAAAACAACAGCAUGCAAAGUGCUUUUUUUCAUUUAAUAAUAGAGAUAAAACACAUUUAUCUGCUGUGUGAUUGUAUAAAAUACUUCUGUAACAGAUCCUAUGUGAAUAAGCUCUGAUUAACCUCCUGUUUUAUAUUAAUUUAUUAUAUUUUUUAUUUUAGAUAGGACACUGAUCACACUGUAUGAAGGUCACAAUGUACCAUUCGCUAUUUGAGAAGCUAUUCUAGAUCAUAUGCAAAGUCCAGUGAGCAGAUUACUGAUUGUAUGUUUAAAGCCGUAUGAUUGGCUGGCUCUUUGUUGUCUCUGUUUUUUUGAACAUGUAGUGAAACAGCUUUUCUCCUGACUGUCAGCAGGGCCCGAGUAGCAUUCAUCCAACAGCGGUGCCCUCAGAAACAGAACAAACCCUGGAAUAAACUGUUUCCUGAAUAAAA